GGGACUCGGUUGCCAGGGAGCGGCGCGGGAGCCCUGAGGGGACUGCGGCGGCUGCGCGGAGGAGCGAGGCGCUUGCUGGGGUCGGGACUGCGCGACGGCGCAGGGGCUGCGGGGAGCGCCGCGCAGGCCGUGCAGUUCCUAGCGAGGAGGCGCCGCCGCCAUUGCCGCUCUCUCGGUGAGCGCAGCCCCGCUCUCCGGGCCGGGCCUUCGCGGGCCACCGGCGCCAUGGGCCAGUGCGGCAUCACCUCCUCCAAGACCGUGCUGGUCUUUCUCAACCUCAUCUUCUGGGGGGCAGCUGGCAUUUUAUGCUAUGUGGGAGCCUAUGUCUUCAUCACUUAUGAUGACUAUGACCACUUCUUUGAAGAUGUGUACACGCUCAUCCCUGCUGUAGUGAUCAUAGCUGUAGGAGCCCUGCUUUUCAUCAUUGGGCUAAUUGGCUGCUGUGCCACAAUCCGGGAAAGUCGCUGUGGACUUGCCACGUUUGUCAUCAUCCUGCUCUUGGUUUUUGUCACAGAAGUUGUUGUAGUGGUUUUGGGAUAUGUUUACAGAGCAAAGGUGGAAAAUGAGGUUGAUCGCAGCAUUCAGAAAGUGUAUAAGACCUACAAUGGAACCAACCCUGAUGCUGCUAGCCGGGCUAUUGAUUAUGUACAGAGACAGCUGCAUUGUUGUGGAAUUCACAACUACUCAGACUGGGAAAAUACAGAUUGGUUCAAAGAAACCAAAAACCAGAGUGUCCCUCUUAGCUGCUGCAGAGAGACUGCCAGCAAUUGUAAUGGCAGCCUGGCCCACCCUUCCGACCUCUAUGCUGAGGGGUGUGAGGCUCUAGUUGUGAAGAAGCUACAAGAAAUCAUGAUGCAUGUGAUCUGGGCCGCACUGGCAUUUGCAGCUAUUCAGCUGCUGGGCAUGCUGUGUGCCUGCAUCGUGUUGUGCAGAAGGAGUAGAGAUCCUGCUUACGAGCUCCUCAUCACUGGCGGAACCUAUGCAUAGUUGACAACUCAAGCCUGAGCUUUUUGGUCUUGUUCUGAUUUGGAAGGUGAAUUGAGCAGGUCUGCUGCUGUUGGCCUCUGGAGUUCAUUUAGUUAAAGCACAUGUACACUGGUGUUGGACAGAGCAGCUUGGCUUUUCAUGUGCCCACCUACUUACCUACUACCUGCGACUUUCUUUUUCCUUGUUCUAGCUGACUCUUCAUGCCCCUAAGAUUUUAAGUACGAUGGUGAACGUUCUAAUUUCAGAACCAAUUGUGAGUCAUGUAGUGUGGUAGAAUUAAAGGAGGACACGAGCCUGCUUCUGUUACCUCCAAGUGGUAACAGGACUGAUGCCGAAAUGUCACCAGGUCCUUUCAGUCUUCACAGUGGAGAACUCUUGGCCAAAGGUUUUUGGGGGGAGGAGGAGGAAACCAGCUUUCUGGUUAAGGUUAACACCAGAUGGUGCCCCUCAUCGGUGUCCUUUUAAAAAAUAUUUACUGUAGUCCAAUAAGAUAGCAGCUGUACAAAAUGACUAAAAUAGAUUGUAGGAUCAUAUGGCGUAUAUCUUGGUUCAUCUUCAAAAUCAGAGACUGAGCUUUGAAACUAGUGGUUUUUAAUCAAAGUUGGCUUUAUAGGAGGAGUAUAAUGUAUACACUACUGUUUUAAAAGAAUUAGUGUGAGUGUGUUUUUGUAUGAAUGAGCCCAUUCAUGGUAAGUCUUAAGCUUGUUGGAAAUAAUGUACCCAUGUAGACUAGCAAAAUAGUAUGUAGAUGUGAUCUCAGUUGUAAAUAGAAAAAUCUAAUUCAAUAAACUCUGUAUCAGCCCCCAA